CGCAGUUUCUGGGGAUUUUAUCUAAUGUUACCGUUAGUCGUCGCUAUUUCCUCUUUUAUCAGUCUCCACCUACGGUCUCCACGGUGCAGCUCCAGUCUCUCCUGUUGUAGUAAUCCGCCUGCCGUGCUUCCAGCUCCCAUUCUGUGUCACCGUUCCACCUCGAGAGGAGAGAGAGGAGCGACAGACCGACAGACGGACUCCUGCUGCUGCUGCUGCGCGUCCAUACACACUAAAGAACGAAGAACACACUAAACCUCAGCUUCCACUCCCUGCUGUGGGCAAUGACAUUUUUACACUGACGUGGGAAUAUACAGGAGAAAACGCAAACAUGACGGUGGACUUUGAAGAAUGUAUCAAAGAUUCACCCAGAUUCAGGGCCGGCAUUGAUGAGGUGGAGACAGAUGUGGUGGAGAUCGAGGCGAAGCUCGAUAAGCUGGUGAAGCUGUGCAGCGGGAUGAUCGAGGCGGGCCGGGCCUACGUCAGCGCCAACAAGCUCUUUGUUAAUGGCGUCAAGGACCUGUCCCACCAAUGCAAGAAAGAGGAGAUUAUAUCAGAAUGCCUUGAAAAGUGCGGUGAAAGACUGCAGGAAAUUGUCAACUACCACACAAUUCUCUUCGACCAGGCUCAGCGGGCGAUCAAGCAGCAGCUUCACACCUUCAUCAAAGAGGAUAUUCGUAAAUUUAAGGACACUAAGAAGCAGUUUGACCGGGUUCGAGAGGACAUGGAGCUGGCCCAGGUGAAGAACGCCCAGGCGCCUAGGAACAAAGUCCACGAGGCGGAGGAGGCAACACAGGCUCUCAUCCUCAGUCGCAAGGCCUUUAGGCACCUAGCUCUGGACUAUGUACUGCAGAUUAAUGUUCUUCAGGCUAAAAAGAAGUUUGAGAUUCUGGAUGCAAUGUUGUCCUUCAUGAGAGCCCAGUACACACUGUUCCAGCAGGGUUUCAACAUCCUGGAUGAGAUUGACCCCUACAUGAAAAAACUGGCUGCUCAGCUGGAUCAGCUGGUCAUCGACUCGGCCAUGGAGAAGCGGGACAUGGAGCAUAAACAUGCCAUCAUUCAGCAAAGAACUCUGAUGCAGGACUUUUCCUAUGAUGACCCCAGGCUGGAGUUUAACGUGGACGCGCCCAAUGGAGUGGUCAUGGAAGGCUACCUGUUUAAGAGGGCCAGCAACGCCUUUAAAACCUGGAACAGGCGAUGGUUUUCAAUUCAAAACAGCCAGCUGGUUUACCAAAAGAAACUGAAGGAUGCUCUGACGGUGGUCGUGGAGGACCUCAGGUUGUGCUCGGUCAAACCUUGUGAAGAUAAUGAGAGGAGAUUCUGCUUUGAGGUGGUGUCGCCCACUAAGAGCUGUAUGCUGCAAGCAGAGUCUGAGAAGCUUCGACAGGCUUGGAUCCAGGCUGUUCAAGCGAGCAUUGCAUCUGCUUACAAAGACAUCACUGACAAUUAUUACAUCGAGCGCUUGGACCGAACAGCCUCACCCUCCACCAGCAGCAUCGACUCUGCCAGUGAGCCCAGAGAGAGGGGGGAGAGAGGUGAUAAAGGGGUGAGAGCUGGAGGAGAAAGCCUACUUCAAAGGGUGCAAAGCCUGCCGGGCAAUGAGCUGUGCUGUGACUGCAGCCAGAGCUCACCAUGCUGGGCCUCCAUCAACCUGGGAGUGCUGCUGUGCAUCGAGUGCUCGGGCAUCCACAGGAGUUUAGGCGUCCAACUCUCUAAAGUUCGCUCCCUGACUCUAGACUCAUGGGAGCCAGAGUUACUGAAGCUGAUGUGUGAAUUAGGAAACACUGUAAUCAACCAGAUUUAUGAGGGAGCCUGUGAGGAGUUAGGAGCAAAGAAACCUGGACCUUCAAGUUCAAGGCAGGAGAAAGAAGCCUGGAUCAAGUCUAAAUAUGUGGAGAAACGCUUCCUGAAGAAGAUGAGUGGCAGUGAAGCGUUGGUGGAAGGAGAAAGGAAGUCCCGCCCCUGGACUGUGAAGAAGUGCCAACGACACAGCAGCUCUGUUCGUGCCCCUAACAAGGCUCGCAGGAAGUAUCACCGAUACGAGCCGGGAAGCGCCUCACCUGCAAACCUCUCAGCUGCAGCUGCAGCAAAGUUUCGCCGGGAUUCUCUGUUCUGUCCAGAUGAACUCGACUCACUCUUUUCCUAUUUUGACACCGGCUCUGGUCCUCGCAGCCCUGCAGGUCUGAGCAGUGACAGCGGCCUUGGUGGAAGCACAGACGGCAGCACUGACAUCCUGGUGUUUGGCUCGGUGGUGGACAGCGUCACAGAAGAAGAGGAAGAGUCGGAGGAGUCGUCCAGUGGUGAGGUGGAGAUUGAACAGGAAACGUCUUCAGACCUAGAGGAUCCGAGGGAGCUGCACCCAGGGGCGCUCCUCUACCGCUCGUCACGUCUGCACAAUCUGCUGCUCAUGGCCGAGGCAAUAGCGCACGGUGCUGAUGUUCAUGCAGCCAGUGAGGAAGAAGAGGGAAAAACGCCGCUCAUACAGGCUGUCAUGGGGGGUUCUCUGAUAGCUUGUGAGUUCCUACUACAAAACGGAGCUGAUGUGAAUCAGAGAGACAUGAGGGGCCGAGGCCCGCUGCACCAUGCUACCUACCUGGGACACACUGGUCAGGUAUGUCUGUUCUUGAAGAGAGGAGCGUCACAGACAGAGGUGGACGAGCAGGGUCACGACCCCCUCAGUAUUGCCGUGCAGGCUGCAAAUGCCGACAUUGUCACAUUACUGCGUCUGGCUCGGAUGAACGAGGAGAUGCGCGAGGCAGAGCCUCCGCUUGGUCAACCAGGUCAAUACCCCAGCAGCAGCCCCACUGAGCAGCAGUAUAAGAAAUGCAUCCAGGAAUUUAUCUGCCUCACAAUAGAUGAAUGCUAGUUACCCUGUAUCCAGGAGUAAGAGUAGCUUGUGCCCUCUACAUGUUCAAAGUGUUCUAUGGUGUAGAUCCCUCUUGACUGGAAAAAGUAUAAUCCUUUAGAAUCUAAAGGAUUAUACUUUUCCCAUAUACACCACUAGGGGCAACAUUAUCUAAACUUUAGAUGAAGUUGCCCCUAGACACUGAUCUCAGCUCUGUUGGCUACAUAUCGGAGAUCAUGGCUUAUGUAAAACUUCAUUUGGGCAUCAAAGAGGAGAGUGACGUACCGCCGCUCAUCAGUUGGGUGUGUGGCGUCACAGGGAGACCCCUAAUGGACCUGUUUAAACUCUACUGACUGAUACAGUCACUACCCUUUCUUCGCAUCACCACUUUGUUUAUGCUUGCUAUUUCUCAGCACCACCCAUGCAAUGCUAGCUCCAUCUCUCUCUCUCUCUCUCAUGCACACACAAACACAGUGAAGUGCUUUCUCUGUGUUUCAGUAAAAAGUUUUUUUUAAUGAUGCAGCUAUUCCCAAAGGUGCAGUUGCCAUGAGAAAUGCUAAAACUUGAGCAAAUACAUAGAUCACAUAUGAAGAAAUGGGCAUAGCUAUCAUGUUGCAAACAUAAGCUUCAUUUCUUUGGGCCUGAGAUGAGGGAAAUACAAAAGCUGUUCAUAAAUACCCCCCACAAACAUGGAAAAUUUGUCUUUUAUUAAAAAGCAAAAAAAGCAAAACUUUAAUUGAAGAGAAGCUAGUCAUUAAGGCAACAAAAUACUUACUUAUAUAAAUAGCCAGCUAAGCUCUUUGAUAUACGAUGGCUAGGUGUCAUUUUUAUAUAAAAUCUAUGGCACCCCCAAAACUUAAAUCAUACAAAUGUCGUGUGUAGUGUGACACGUUAAACUGCAGUACAAUUAUAUAUUGUGAUUUAUUAACAUUUGGCCCACCUCCCUAAAACUAGCCCUCAAUAGUUAAUUAAAACCUAUUUAAAAAACUAUCCUGUUGACAACUUGCAUUUCCUUGAAAGCCCACUAGUGGGAGGCAGCUACACUUUGGGGAACCCUGCUCUUACGUACCACAUUCUGGUGUGAUCUCUUGUGUGAGGGUGUGGUUUUACUAACAUCGCUAUCCUUUGAGCUAAUCCAUCAAACCUCCUAUACUUUAAAGAUCCAUGUGUGUGACAUCAGUCUCAUCUCAGUCAGAGAUGUAUAUAUAUAUGUAUUUAGAAGUUCUAUCAGUAAUGUUUUAUUUGUGCGUGUAGCAUGAGGUGAACAUAAUGGUAUUCAUGCCAUUGGUCUUAGAAAAAAAACAGUGACAAGCUACAGUAAAGGUGGGCAGAGUAGUUUCCUGUAAAAACAGAGCCAGGAGGGGCGGAGGAGUAUAAAACUGUGAUAAAGACACUGAAGGGCUUAGUCACCCCUACCUGUGUAAAGCCCAGUUUCUAUCAAGUGGUGCAGUUUGUUUUAAUAUACAUCUGUGUGUCUUUUCCAUGUAGUUGUUGUUUCAUCCUGUAGGUUUAUUGGCCAACAGACAUUCUACAGGUCACGUUUCUACAGAACCAGAAACAUAAAGGCGGAAUCUAAAGUUGUGACUUUACAUUCUGCCUUCCUUAGAAUAGGGUUUGUUUCCAGUUGCCCUAGAUGUAACUAUUUUUUGGGAUCAGAAACCUAAUUGUUUAAACUGGAGCAAAGAGAUAGUGCAGAUCGUUUAAAAAGUCAUAUUUUUUGACAAAUCAGCUAUUAAUUUAAAAUUGAUUUAGCUGCAAGUCACCCAGGACCUGAUAGUUCUUUUUCGGUUAAAAGACUGUUCUGAAUCAAGUCCACGUUUACUAAAGUAAAAAAUACUUCAAGGCCAAUUGAUUAUCCUUUGAUAUUUCAUAAUAUAAUAAAGUGUCUCCGACAAAGGUCUUGUUACAUGAGGCCUCAGGUUCAUGUAUGACUCAAAGGCUUGCUCUCAAAACGACAUUGCUAAGUGGUUGCGCUGUUCCACAAGCUAACCCAGGCUAAUGGCUAAAACAUUAGCUAAAAUACAUGAAACAACAAUUCCAAAAAUAAACAAUUUUCAAUGAGUCAUCCAUGUAUGCUGUACCACUCUACCUCUUUGUACUAUAAUUCUACUAUAGUAAUAUUAAUUUACGUUGAACUAUAUAUCCUAAAUUAAAUUACCACUAUUGCAGCUAUUUUGGUUAAAUUGAUUAGAAUAAUGUUCAAGAGACCUAAAACAUCAGCCCCUUUGUUCCAAUUACACAUGUGAGUCAAACAUGAUUUGGAAUCCACCAAUGCCUCAAAUGUCAUGUAGCAUGACUGGUUGAAAUUAAAAACACGUUGGACCAGAUGUUAUUUCCUUAUUGCACAACGACUGAACUGUAGCACUUGGUGGAAACAGUUGAAGAUGUGGGCGAGUGAGUGAGAAAGUGAGUGAAUGUAAGAGUGAGUGAGUGAGUGAGUGAGUGAGUGAGUGAGUGAAGAGGUAGUAAAAAAGUGCAUGUAUCAAGGAAUACUGAGAGACAGUUAAAUUGUAUGAUCAUUACAUUAUGUACAAGAAAAAAAGAACAUGUGCGUUUUUCCUAACUUUGGUAUUAGAUUUAAAAUUUUUUUUUUUUUUUAGUAUUUUUACCUUGUUCUUGUUCACUCGUUACUGUAUAUGUAACUUAAUGUCUUAUUUAUGUUUAUCUCACCAAAGGACCGGU